UUGAAACUAUACGAAAAUGACACGUUUGGGUUUUAGAAAAAUUAUAAACCACUAUAUAAACAACAGUGAGCAUCGCAAGCCCAGCAGCUCCAGCGAUGCGGACUCCGAAGCGCAGCCCCCAGACAUGUCCAAGCUGCUGCAAAACUAUGAGCUGGACUUUGCUUUGGGCCCAAGCAAACAUCUGCAGACGCGCGCAAGUCGCUCACGCACGCGCAGCCGACGCCACAAGUCGUUGCGUUAUUUGGGCGGCGCUUGUCAGUGCUGCGAGCUUUGUGGCAGCCAGCAUGUGGCAACAAAAUCGGGACACAAGCAAUGCAUUUGUCAAGUCUGCAAUGAGCGCAUACAAAGCGCCUUGUCCAACUUUCAUGGGCAGCGCUUGAACUCGGGCAACGACGCGGCGGAGUCGGCAGCAUCGCCGCCUUUCAACAUUAUCGUGUUGCAAGAUUGCGAUAACAAUGCGCUGAUCGAUCAGCUAACAACAGCGAUAACUCGCAGCUGUCCCGGCAAUACACAGCAACAGCAGCAGCAACUGCAGCAGCAACUAUACAGCCCACAGCAGCAAGCACAGCAGCAACCACAAUUUGGAACCUACCCACCCUAUCAAACCGGAGGUGGUUAUCGCCCGGAGCCUCAUGCCUUUAACCAAGCCUUCGAUAGUUCACCAGAUAGAAAUUAUUACGACAGACAAGCGCCGAAUAAUUUCAACGCACAAGCGCCAAAUAAUUUCAACAGCAAUGGAUAUGGACAACGUUCAACAACAAUCUAUGAUAAUAAGCAAAACUAUUAUAACAGUUCACCGUCUAGAAAUAAUGCUCAACAAGGCAACAAUUCUGAUGGUUGCACUUGCAACUGCGAGUACUGCAGAAAAGGUUUUGAAUCCAAGGAGAAGCUAGCGGCGCUUAUAGCUGCAGCUUUGGAGAUAUUCCUAAGCAACAUGAGUGCCCAUAAGGACUCAGAUGGAAAGGCCAAAGGCAAGGGCAAAGGCAAGGGCAAGGGUAAAGGGCGCAGCAAAGAACGAGACUCCAGCAGCGAGAAUCGAAGCAAGGGUAAAGGUCGCAGCAAAGAUCGGGAAUCCAAAAAGACGCGCAGCGUAGAAAGUGUCAAAGCUGCAGGGAAAGCAUCAAAGACUUCAAUGAAAUCCUCAACGACAAAUGUAACAAAGGCUUUGAAUAACAAUUGCGCCUGUUUGUUGCAAGCGCUGCAGCUGCUGUCCGCGCAUCAGGAAGCAGGCGGCGGCGGUAGGGGAGCCAAGAAGAGCAACAAGAAGGCUAAGCAGCCAACAUUUGCUGCUGGCAGGCAAGCAAAGACGCCAGGCAGAGCUGAGGCUGCAAAGCAGGCACCAAGUCAAGGACGCGCCAAGAAGUCACAAAGUCAAGCGGGUUUCUAUUUGCCCACCGAGCGCAGCAGCGGGAAUGCCUGCAAACCCACAUGCACAGCUGCGUGUCAGAGCAGCAACAGCAGCAGCUCCAAGCCGCAAAGCGCUGCACGCUCCAAAUGUGCCGCAGGCUGUCGUGCUGCUUGCAGCGGCGGCGCUGGCGAUAAUGUCAAAUGUUGCUGUGGCUGUGGCAGUCGUGGCAAGGGCGGCGGCUUUAUGGCAACACGCGCCAGUUGCUGCUGGCCACAGGGUCUUUGUCCUGUGGCCCACUUUCGUCCUGGGCAGUUGCAAGUGCCCAUGCACAAUUUGCUGCCACGCAGCUGCGACUAUGGGCGCCGCAGCUUUGUGCGCACAGCCGCUGGCAUUACGUUGCACGAACCGCCGCUCAAGCCGCCGUCCACAUUGCCGCAGGACAGCGCGAGCUUUGGCAGCGGCAGCUCCGACUAUCAAACGUUUGUUUAGAAAGCGCAGCCAGUGCAGUCAUUACGCAUUAUAAGCGCCAACGAUUUGCGCAUAUAAUGCUUAAUUCAAUGCGCUGUCGCUUUUGGUGGUCUAUAGUUUUAUAUUCAUUACCUAUAUCGUCGGAACAAAACACUAAAUUCACAGCAAAUGCCAAAUUGUAACGAAAUAAACCAAAUCGAAAAGUUGCUACAAAAAAAAAGUAAAGCUGCGCCAGCUUGAGCUACAUUGAGUGCUUGAGCUUUAUCCUUUGGCAACUUAUUUAGCUACCAA